AAGAUACAAUUCCUCUUCUUUCUGCUUGCCCCCCUUCAACCUUCUUGUUUGAGUUCGAGCAUAAAAAGGCGCUCAUCAUCCCUUUGGUGUCAGUGUUGAGCCGAGAACGGCGAUAACAAGUCAUUCUUUGAACAGCCGACAUUCUUUGGUAGGUCCUAGCUCCAGACAUUUGCAACUGUACAACUGCAGCAUUCAUACAAGAACAAGCAAUGAAGGCAACGGCUUUAUUACCUCUUUUGGUGGCAGCCGUUAUUGCUGCCCCUCAGUACGGUCAACCUCCUCAAGUUGGCCAAACUGUCAAAAUCACCAAGCAGCAAUGGAACUCGUUGAACCCAUACGGAGCCUCAAGUGCUUACCCGGCCAAUGAACGUCCACAGAUUGACGCCAUUCAAAAGCAAUGGGAGCGCUUCUAUGAGUACCUGCCCUGGCUCAAGGGUCCUGCCGGAAGAGAUGGAUCGCCAGGUGAGAAGGGGGCUCCCGGUAAUGACGGAAAAGAUGGCGCUGACGGCAAAAACGGAGCCGACGGAAAAGAUGGACUGGAUGGCAAGGACGGAAGAGAUGGCGCCGACGGAAAAGAUGCCAUUUACACCGACGACUACGGAACGAAAAUCGUGGCCGGUCCGCCCGGCGCUCCUGGAGAACCGGGAGCUCCUGGAGAAAAGGGAGAAAAGGGAGAUGCUGGUGAGCCGGGUUUUCCCGGUGAAGAUGGGAAACCAGGGGCUGAUGGAAGUCCAGGAUACGACGGCGCUCCCGGUGAGAAAGGUCCAUCAGGCCCGCCCGGCUAUGACGGAGCGCCCGGAAAUGACGGAAAAGAUGGUGCUCCAGGAGAAAAAGGAGAUAAUGGUUCUAAUGGCAGUCCUGGCCUUACCGGCGCUCCAGGCCUUCCCGGCAAAAACGGCUACCCCGGCGGUCCUGGACCUGUCGGACCGAAAGGCGAAACUGGCCCACCUGGCGUUGCUGUCGCAUCCAACAUUGCUGGACCUCCAGGUGUACCAGGCUACCCGGGCAAAGAUGGAAAGCCAGGUUACAACGGUGGCCCUGGACCCGUUGGGGCGCCUGGACUUCAAGGACCUCAAGGUUUACCAGGAAAAACAGGGGCGACCGGUUUUCCUGGAUUCCCUGGAGCUAAAGGCGAAGCCGGUAAACCGGGCUAUGCUGGCGCACCUGGAAAAGAUGGAUUUCCUGGCGCUCCUAGCAAGGUUCCUGGUCCUCCUGGGCCUCAGGGUCCGGCAGGCCCACCCGGCUACAACGGCGGACCCGGAAAAGACGGUCUCCCUGGCGGUCCUGGAUACCCAGGCAAAGACGGAAAGCCGGGACCUCCAGGAUACACGGGCGCACCAGGAUUGAAUGGCAAACCCGGAAAGGAUGGUCUUCCAGGCGCAGUUGGUUCUCCAGGCUACCCCGGUGGUCCAGGCCCAGUUGGGCCACAAGGAAAGCCCGGCGCUCCAGGCUACCCCGGCGGCCCUGGGCCAAUCGGGCCCAUCGGGCCUGUUGGAUAUCCGGGUAAAGAUGGUUAUCCAGGCAAACCAGGCCCUGUUGGCGCUCCUGGGCCAGUAGGCGCUCCUGGACUGGUGACAACUUAUACGAAGGAAUACGCUCCGCAAGUAGCUCCUUACAACCCGCCGUCUUAUGAGCCCGCAGCUCCUAGAUACCCACCUCAACCGAUUUACGAGCAGCCGAUAAUCUAUCAAGACGGGCCUCAAACUGCUUACGGUCGAUGAACGCCGUGCAACACUUUGGCAAGCUUCAUUUCCUAGUUGAUGGCUGAGCCAACCAGUUUUUGAAUGAACUUGAUUUAGGCAUACGAUACCCUUACCUUUCCAGCGUAAAUGUCUAAAUGUAGCUCUUUAAACUUUUGUUGUUGUUGUUGUUAUGCCCGUAGUGUACGGCGUUUAUGUGACAAAAUGUCUGUCAUGCCUGGCACUAGGCUGUGAAUACAAUACCCAUGAACUAAA